AUGCACUCGGGCGCGGCCGUCGUCGUCCUCAAGGGCGUCAUGUGCGCCGACCCGGAGAUUGCAGCAGCGGCGGCGCCGUCGCCGACCGCUUCGGCCCCGGCGCCGCACGACGCGCUCGUCGUGUCGAACGACUUUGCGGCCUCUGUGCUGACGGCCUGUCUCCCCUCCAUGACGUUCGACGUGGCGGCGGCGGACAGCCAGUACCACGUGCGGCGCAAGUGCGACGACGAGGACGACGCAAUGGACACCGCCUGCGACGUGUCGACCACUGACGCCCCCAAGAGCCGCCGCGAAAAGGAGGCGAUCCGCAAGCGCGUGUACCACCAAAAGGUCAAAGACGAGCGCAAUCGACUGCGGCAGACGGUCGACGACCUCUCGCGCCAGCUGAGCCAACUGCAAGCGGGCAAACAGUCGAGCGCUGCGUCGUUGACCGACACGUUAGGCCUCGCGCUCGGACGGCGCGUGGCGCGCGACGAGCGCGAGAAGUUGCGCCAAGCAGAGGCCGAGCAGAAGCGGCUGUUGGCCGAAGCAAAGGCGAAAGCCAAUUGCAUUGAAGCGAUGUGCCAACAAUUGGUUCUGGACGCGCCGAAGCGCGCUGGUGCGAAAGGGAGUUCCAGCAGUGCGGCGGCUCUUGCUGGUCCAGCAGCGCUGACGGUGGCGACUGCACGCAGUUGUUUGCGGGUGCCGCAUACUCGAACGAGUCCGGAGUUUGACUACAUGAUGUUUCGAGGCCACUUGAGGCGAGUGCACGAAAGCUACGCUUGUGUCGAUGAGAUAUUUGACUUUGAUUUCAUGACGGAAGGGAUCGUGAGUUCGGUCAAACGACGUGAACCGGACGGCGAGAUUGAGUACUUUGAGCACCGGAGCAACUUUACGCAGCCGUUUUGCUACCAUCGCACGGGGCAGGUCAUGUGGGAACUCGCAAAACUACACCAUCGACAGGACGAUCGAGAGGACUUUGGCGAAAUUGCGGAUCCCGAGAACACACUGGUGGUGCGAUUUCGUCUGCUGCACACGCUCACGUGCGGGUCGACCGUGUCCGUUUUGCAGCGACAGGUAGGGUGUCGGUUUGUCGAGAAGAACCGCACGAUCAUUGUCUGGAAAACGCACUCGGAAGGAGAAGAAGUGUUUCGCGGCAUGCACGCGGACGAGACAGGGUGGGUGUGUCUGAUCCCGGGUUCGGACGAAGAUACGACCAAUGUGAUGAUGUGCGUUCGUCAAGUCCCGAUGAAGCUCAUUCUAUCAAGCACAGGUGAUGCACGCGUCGAGGAGUUUCACGACCUUCUCCAGAACGCCGUGAGCGAAGACAUAUCGGAAGUAACCAGUGAAUUAGAUAAAUUGUUGCUCGAAGAUACACUGGCAGGUAUUGACAUUUAG